CAGGAAGAUGCUUUAACUAUUGAAGAAGGGAUAGAUCGUGUACGAAGAGCUAAUGAAGAGGAGAGUAGGGUGGUUGAGGUUACUGAGGAAAGACCACAAAAACGUGCUGCACUUGUGGUGAAAUUUGACUGUGAAGCUUCAUCAUGGGCACUCGCAACCUCAUCUGCGUCUUCUACCGCGGCCGCUUCGUCAUCGCCCAGUAUUCCCAGUGAGACGGCUACCCCGAGGGCCCAGGGCAUGAUCAUUCUCACCUUCCUCCUCAACGCGGCCAACAUCGAGCGUCUCAAGAACGGCCUCCAGUACAUCGUCACCCUCGACGAGGAGGACCUGGAGCCGUACCGUCAGCACGCCCUCCUGACCACGACGCUGAGGCCUUCCCCCCGUCUCUCUCGCGUGAUACGGGCGUCAAUAUCCUCGAGCUCGUCGCCCAGGGCCACUCCCGAGAAGCGCGUGCCCAUCGUCCUGAUCCUGGAGUUUGCCAACGACGGGCUGUUCUGCGAGUGGGCCUACGUCGUCGAUCUCGACAAGGGCAUGUUCGAGGUGUUUGUGGGCGCGGAAAAGAAGGACAAGGCUCUCAGCGACCGAUUCGCCAGCGUGGGAGACGAGGACGAGACCGUCCCGGUUUUUGUCAGGAGCUUCCCUUUCACUGAGUUGCCGGCCACGCAGGACGACUUUAUCCGGGCUUUGAAGGAGAGAAGUUGGUUAAGUAGGAGGAAUAGACUGGCAGAUGACGAACCAGUGCACUACGUCGACACUUAUCAUCCAAUGAUAUCAUGUCUCCCGCUGCACGGAUCGGAAUCCGAUACUCCGUUGGCAGUUUCCUGGCGUAUCUAUAUAUCUAAAAUGACCCUCCCAACGACCUUCAAGCAGGCCGUCUUCAAAGCUGUCGGCGCUCCCCUGACGAUUGAAGAAGUCCCCUUGACCCCGCCCGCCAAGGGCGAGCUCCUGGUCAAGGUCGAGGCGUGUGGUAUCUGCUAUUCGGACACGGUUGCGAAGUAUGGGAGUAUGGGGGGUGGAUUCCCCAUCGUCCCCGGCCAUGAGAUCAUCGGCCGUGUCGCUGCGGUCGGUGACGGCGUGUCAGAGUGGAAGAUCGGUGAUCGAGUCGGUGGAGGCUGGCAUGGCGGUCACGACGGCACCUGCAAGGCCUGCAAGAACGGCCUGUUCCAGAUGUGUGACAAUGCUGUGGUUAAUGGGGUUACGAAGGGUGGGGGGUACGCAGAAUACUGCAAGCUCCGCGCCGAAGCCGCCGUCCGGGUCCCCGCGCACGUCGACGCCGCUACCUACGCGCCCAUGCUCUGCGCCGGUGUGACGGUCUUCAACUCCAUGCGCAAGAUGAACAUCCCGCCCGGCGCGACGGUCGGCAUCCAGGGACUCGGCGGCCUUGGCCACCUGGCCAUCCAGUACGCGAACCGCUUCGGCUACCGCGUCGUGGCCAUCUCGCGGGACGGGCAGAAGGAGCAGUUUGCGCGACAGCUCGGCGCGCACGAGUAUAUUGAUGCCAGCAAGGGCGAUCCCGGCGAGGCGCUGCAGCGGCUCGGAGGCGCGUCUAUGAUUGUGGCCACGGCGCCGGAUGCGCAGGUUAUGAACCCGCUGCUGAAGGGGUUGGGGAUGCUGGGGAAACUGCUCAUCUUGUCGGUCCCUGGCGACGUACCAGUCAACACCAAUAUCAUGAUCCGCUACGGCCUCUCAGUCCACUGCUGGCCCGGCGGCCAUGCCACCGACGCAGAAGAAGCAAUCGAAUUCACCGAGCGCACCAACAUCAACUGCAUGGUCGAGAAGUUUCCGCUGGAAAGGGCCAAUGAUGCGUUUGAGGCCAUGGCCAACGGGACGGUGCGGUUUAGGGCGGUGAUUACGAUGGAGUAG